AUGGCAGCAACAGAUGGUUUACCAACAUUAACAUAUGUUCAACCGCAAAAACUAGUGAAUACUGAACAAUACGAUGUAAUUAUCGUCGGUGCUGGCUUUUCUGGUCUUAUUGCAGCACGUGAACUCAGUUUACGUCAACGAAAAGUGUUACUAAUUGAAGCAAAGGAUCGAAUUGGUGGUCGGACAUUUACAGCAGAAUAUGACGGUGGCAAGUUCGAAAUCGGUGGUACAUGGAUUCACUGGAGUCAACCGCAUGUUUGGACGGAAAUCACACGAUAUGGCCUUUCGAUAAUUGAAUCGAAAGGCGUAGCAGCUGAACACAUGAGUGUACUACUUGAUAACGGAACGAAGUUAAAGCAAAUAACCUUAGCUGACAAUUGGGUUACUUUGGGUAAGGCUAUGGAAAAAUAUAGUGAUGUCGAUAACGUUCAAGCACGAACGGUGAUGCCAUUACCACAUGCACCAUUUACUGCAAGAGAAAACGUAGAGAAAUAUGAUCGAUUAUCAAUGCAAGAUCGAUUCGAUCAAGUUCGAAAUGCUUUGAAUAUGACUGAUGAGAUUCAAGCAAUGCUAUUAGCAUUGCUUUCCAUGAAUAUGCAAGGCAACAUAGCCGAAGGUGGAUUCGUAGAUCAUCUUCGUUGGUGGGCACUUGGAGAUUAUGAUAUGAUCCGAAUGUUCGAUAAAUUAGGUCGAUAUAAAAUCAAAGAAGGAACAAGUACAUUAGCUCAAGCAAUUCUGAACGAUUGUCAAAACGUCAAGUUAUUGUUAUCAACGUCCGUUGCUUCAGUCGAUCGUACAAAACAAGAUUCAGUUAUAGUUCGAUUGCAAUCAGGCGAUUUAAUUCUCGGACGAACAGUUCUUGUCACUGUUCCAUUAAACGUCUUGAAAAACAUUGAAUUUUUACCUGCUCUUAACAUUAAAAAACAAGACAUAGCAGCAAAAGGUCAAUGUCAAGGUGGAACUAAAUUUUGGGCUAAAUUGGAUAAACCAAUUGGUCAUUGGUUCGCUAUGGCACCUUAUCCUAAUCCAAUAACAAUGGCCUAUACGGACGACCAAGAUGGGUCAGUUGUUGUUGGUUUUGGACCCGAAGGGCUUCUCGAUAUGAAAAAUAUUAAAACUGUCGAAAAAGAAUUGAAUAAAUUUCUUCCGACCGUCAAAGUCCAGUACGUUCUUGGUCACGACUGGCGAACCGAUCCGAACAUCAUGAGCACUUGGUCUUGGUACAAACCUGGUCAAAUGUCCUCAAAUUUACAAGCACUUCAAACAUGCGAACCACCGGUAUUCUUCGCUAGUGGUGAUAUCGCCAGCGGUUGGCGAGGAUUUAUCGAUGGAGCUCUGGAAAGUGGACUGAAGAGUGCACGUGAAAUUCAACAAUAUUUGGAUAAGCAUUUCACUUCGACUUAG